AUGCUGACAUUAAUACUUAUAGUUGAUUUCCCACCCGCCUCUACCACGUUUAGAGAUUUAUACAAAGAGCAGAACAAUGGGCGGCCAGUCACGAUUCACGGGUAUAUUGGCAAACGGAAGAAAAUUGGCAAGAAUAUGACAUUUGUCCGGUUGAGCGACCCUACCUUAUCCCAAAGUGUCCAGAUUGUGGUAUCAAACCCGCACUCUCUCGACGCUUUGAAAUCAAUUGAGCCGAAUAGCGCCGUUGUCGUUAGCGGAAUUGUGAAAUCAAAGGAAAGCCAGUCUCAGUUUCGUGAAUCAGGUGACAAGAGUGAGCUUGACGACGUGGAGGUUGAGCUGCAAGAUGUGCAAUGUUUAAACGAGUUCCCAAGGGACAUCAUUAUAACUCCUGACACAGUGUUUCCACCAAGUAAAAGGCAUUUGCAGAUCCGCAAUGACCCUUCUCUUCGACAGUCAUUGGCAUUUAGGGCAAAGGCAAAUGCAGCGUUGCGUCGAGCCCUGGAAGAAUGUGAGCCACCAUUCUUGGAGAUCGAGACUCCAAUCUUGUUCAAGUCUACCCCUGAGGGUGCUCGGGAGUUUUUGGUUCCUACACGGAAUCAGGGGCUAGCAUACGCACUGCCGCAAAGUCCGCAGCAGUACAAGCAGAUGCUCAUGGCGAGCGGCAUCCCUCGAUACUACCAAUUUGCUCGAUGCUUCCGAGACGAGGACCUGCGUGCUGAUAGGCAGCCGGAGUUUACACAACUCGAUAUGGAGAUGUCGUUUGCCACGGCUGAAGAUGUUAUUACUACCACUGAAGCUUUAGUCAAGAAGCUAUGGGCCUCCGUUAUGCCUGAACCUCUUGGGCCAGAACCAUUCCCUCGCAUGUCGUAUUACGAAGCUAUGGCUUCCUAUGGUAGCGACAAGCCAGAUACCCGUUUUGACAUGAAACUUCACCGAGUUGAGCAGUAUCUACCUGCAGAUUUCAUAGGCAAGAUCAGUUCUUUAAACUCCCCUGUUGUCGAAGCCUUCAUAGUCAAAGGAAACGGCCAUCCCGAAGAAACUAUGAGAGUCCUGAGAAGCUUCAUGAACACUCCAGAGGCCAAACCUUUCUUAGAAAACCCCGAUGGAGCUCCAGGAACCUUUGUCAUUGAUUCCUCGAAGCCAAUGGGUGGUUUGUCUGCCGCUGGGUUUGAAGGUGCAUGGGAUCUGGAAACGCUGUUUAAAUCAGAACAUGGUGACUUGAUAUUUUUCCAGUGUCGGAAAGAUGAGCCUAUUAGCGGAGGUUCAACCAAAGCUGGUGAGCUACGUUUAGCCGUCCACCAGUAUAUGGUUGAAAAGGGAUUCCUCAGUCCUCCGGUCGGAUUCAAUUUUCACUGGGUUACCGGCUUCCCUCUCUUCUCCCCCUCGGUCGAGACAGAGCCAGGCCAAGGCGGUACCGCUGGGAUAGCUUCAACUCAUCAUCCCUUCACCGCACCUCGGACAGCAGAGGAUGCUGCCCUUCUAUUAACAGAUCCGACCAAGGCUAUCGCUGAUCAUUAUGAUUUAGUCGUGAAUGGCGUCGAGCUUGGCGGUGGAAGUCGUAGAAUCCACUCAGCGGCAGUCCAAGAGUUCGUUCUCCGGGACAUCUUAAAAGUUCCGCCUUCCCGCCUCCAGAGCUUUUCUCAUCUACUAGAAUGCCUCAGGGCAGGCUGUCCUCCCCAUGCAGGCAUUGCACUUGGCUUCGACAGACUGAUCGCCGUCAUGCGAGGCACUCCAAGCGUUCGCAAUGUGAUCGCCUUUCCGAAGGGCAAUAAGGGAGAGGACCCAAUGGUAAAGACUCCCAGUCCAAUGACAGAGGACUCGUUACAAACUUAUCAUUUACAACUACGCCGAGGUGGCCAAAGUUGA